CGACUUUCGUGGCAUUCUUAACGGCGACCGACAGCAGAGGGAAAGGAGCACACCACCACCCCAGUAUGAUGUCCGCGGGCUGCUCGCCCUCUCGUACCCAGAUGAUUAAGCGCAAGCACCUCAACUUACCGGGAACCCCGCGGACGCCUGCUUUUCCUAGCCCCGCCGGGCGCUUUUUUUGUCUGAAAACCCAACGAGACUUGGCGGCCAUAACCGCGCGAGGACUCGGCAGGCUGUCAGUUAGAGGCGCUGGGUGACUACUGCAGGCCGACGCAGUGGCAGCCUCGUAAUCACUCCGCACGCCGCACGCAUUGGAUGUAUGCGGCGUGCCUCUUUGGCCUUCUUACCCGUCCGGCACUGGGCCAAUAAUCACGACCCAGCAACGGUAUUGCCUGUGUGAGAUCAUUACUGGGCCAUUGCUGGAUGAGUAAAAAGGCGCAAAAGUCAGUCAGUGGUCAUGCAGUAGUCCCCUGAGAGACUGCUGGGUCUUCCGGUGAUCCCGCUGCGCCUUUACAUUUCAAGACGAAAAAAGCACAGAGCAGUGGGCCAGGGGGACUACGCCUAGGCCUACCGCUGAGGGCGGGGUCAGAGAGAUUGGCACAGGACCACCGCAGGGGCGCUCCUGCUUGAGAUGGCGCUCUCGUUCGCACGCUCUAACUUCCACUCGUGGACACCCAGGCGGAGAAGAUUCACAGAGGGGGAAGCGAGCUACCGCCGAACACGAUGCGGGAGCAGAUGGCGAGCAAAAGCGAGAGGGCAUCGCGGCACCACAAACGCAGACAAGCAGGACCGCGCAAACAAGGAACGGAAGGAGGGCAACGCGAAGAAGAAAGACAAGAAGAGGCAGGACGCCUAGAAGCGGGACAGGAAGAGACAGGGGUCGCGGCCCUCGCGGAUGACGGUGCUCGGUG